GACAAGGUUCCUCACACUGAGGAGAAGGUUCUUCAAUCUGAGGACAAGGUUCCUCACACUGUGCACAAGGUUCCUCACUUUGAGGACAAGGUUCUUCACUAUGAGGACAAGGUUCUUCACUCUGAGGACAAGGUUCUUCACGCUGAGGACGAGGUUUUUCACACUGAGGACAAGGUUCUUAACACUGAGGACAAGGUUACUCACUCUGAGGACAAGGUUCUUCACUCUGAGGACAAGGUUCUUCACUGCGAGGACAAGGUUCUUCACUGCGAGGACAAGGUUCUUCACUCUGAGGACAAGGUUCCUCACACUGAGGACAAGGUUCUUCAAUCUGAGGCCAAAAUUUCUCACACUGUAGACAAGGUUCCUUACUUUGAGGACAAGGUUCUUCACUAUGAGGACAAGGUUCCUCACUCUGAGGACAACGUUCUUCACGCUGAGGACGAGGUUUUUCACCCGGAGGACAAGGUUCUUAACACUGAGGACGAGGUUUUCACCCUGAGCACAAGGUUCUUAACACUGAGGACAAGGUUAUUCACUCUGAGGACAAGGUUCUUCACUCUGAGGACAAGGUUCCUCACACUGAGGACAAGGUUCUUCACUCUGAGGACAAGGUUCCUCACACUGAGGACAACCUUCUUCACUCUGAGGACAAGGUUCUUCACUAUGAGGACAAGGUUCUUCACUGUGAGGACAAGGUUUUCCACGUUGAGGACAAGGUUCUUCACCCUGAGGACAAGGUUCUUCACCCGGAGGACAAGGUUCCUCACACUGAGGAGAAG